AUGAAUGGAGCAGCACCACGCGGCACAUGCGAUAGCGAUGCCGCAUGCCCACCACAGUACCGUUGUAAUGCACAAUCGCUUUGUUGUCCCCAUACUAACGUUUAUUGUAGUGCUAAAUAUCAGUGUGAUAUCAGAAAAUGUCCACCAAAUCAAUUUUGUUCUCCACUAACGCAGUGUUGUCGCCCCUUAAUUAGUACGAAACAGCGUUACACCACAUGCGAUUCAUCUCUGCCGUGUGCAUCGGACCUCAUUUGCUCAGAAGGACGUUGCAUAGCAAAAGAAGACCAGUCGGAAUCGACUUCAACCAGUAAGUUGUUCCAUUUGAAUGCAAUUGUAUCGUUUCGACAGUUUAGAUGA